AUGCCGGCGUUUUUAUGUGGUGAUUCGCCGGUUUACUUCUGGGUUCCUGCCAGUCCUGAUUUGGAACGCAUCGUGCGUUCCAAAUUAUUUCCGGAUUCUGGCGGUCUUCCAUUUGGAAUGCAGCGUGUUCCAUCUCGUCGAAAUCCAUCUCCCAAAUACUUCCGGGUUCCGGUGUCCUUCUAUUUGGAACGCAACUUGUGUUCCACUUCAUCCUGGUGUCAAAGUCCAUCAUUGGAACGCACACUAAAAUAG